GGUUUUAGGAGAAAAAAACCCGAGACAAACUCGACGAGCAGCUCAGUUGCAGAAAAACUACAGACAAUGAAAUCCAUUAGAGCUAUCCGAAAUAUGGUGCCCAGGUUGCAGGCGGCGCUGGAUUCAGGCGUUGGGAGAACUUAUUACACAUCUCGUGCCGUGAAUUUCCAGUCGGCGAACUCCAAUGGAGCAGCUGCUGGUAUACAGAUAACUUCAUUGUCUAACGACUCCUUGUUAAUCCUCAAACAGGCUCGAAAAGAAGUUUCAAAAAUUGAGGAUCCAUUUGAUGCUCCAACGUACAACAUACCCGAGAGGCCUGUGACAUUCACCGAGGGAGCUUCUUACAGUGUUGUCAUCUUAGCUGGGCUCGGGAUUGCAGCUGCUGCAGGAUAUGCUGUUUUCAAGGAACUUAUCUUCGAACCCAAAGAGUACAAAAUAUUUGGGAAGGCUCUUGAAAGAAUUCAAAAUGACAGUCAGGUGAGAGUAAGAAUUGGAUCUCCUGUUACUGGCUAUGGCCAAGAAAGCAUGAAUCGUGCUGCCCGCCAACGAAUACCGAAUCGCACGUGGACAGAUGAAGAUGGCAAUGAGCAUGUUGAGGUGUNNAUUUUAGUUAACUUCUAUGUUCGUGGUCCGCAUGGAGCUGGAAAAGUCGGGGCCGAGAUGUUCAAGGACAAGGCUGAUAGGAAAUGGAAGUUCACUUAUUUGAUUGUUGAUAUCACAUCACCUUCUCAUGUAAAACUGCUGCUUGAGUCCUAUGUCCCAGCCUGA